ACACACACGACACACGAGACACGCCCUGCCGUGACAUGACUUCUGCACAGACGCUACGUACCUCGAGGUACAUACAGUCCUCCGGCACCGAGCGCAAAACAAGAUCGACACAGCCACGAAAGGAUGCAUGGCGGCCUUGCACAUGCCGGCGUUGCCCAAGGUAGUAUGCGCAGCCGGGCCCUGCUGCGCAAGCAGGUGUUCCUUGCGCUGCUCGUCCUGCGUCAGAGACAAGUCGGGGCAAAAAAGAAUGCAGUCAAAGUUUAGUGUUAAUGCCGCCGCCGCCGCGCAGGAUCCUCCCUCUUGGCUGGGCACACGUGCGCCGCCCGCCGCCUCCCUCCUGCAGUUCCACCAUGCAGGCACAGGGGGUGUUCGUCGACUAUUGAUGCCAGUACAGACACCGUCCACCCAUCCGCACGAUGACAUUGCGCGUCACUUGGCCACCCUUUUCCGGCAUUCGAGACGCUCCAAACUUGAAGCAUCACGUCGCCCUUUGGCGCACUCGACCCAGGCCAGUUCCGCACAAGCACGGCCGGCAAGCCCCCUGAUCGAGUGGUUGUCUCUCUCUCUCGCUCCUGCUGCCAAGGAACCCGAAUCCAUCCCAGGUCCAGGUCCACGUCGGUUAGACUUGCUGCCGCGUUGGCCAGAGCGGGUCGAGCCGAGGUUGAUCGCGAGCAUCAUUUAUGGGCACGCGAGCUUCAACUUGUGUUAUUUCCGGCACGUGUCUUCGGGCCUUUCGUUACAGACGCCCCUCUGGCCCGCGCUAGCAUCAGCCCCAGACUGACCCCAGAAAGCAGCAGACGUCGGGCGCAUUGUACAGCCCUCGCCCCGUAGAUCAUGUUUCGGAUCCGAGUCCGGAACAAACCCCGAAAACCGGUGCGCUCCAGCAGUCGGUGGUGGCAUAAUCAGAUCUUGAU